UUCAAUGUCCCAUGCUUGCAUUAAGAUUCGCAGUUGACAUUAAAAACGAAAAUAAUUUGAACCGCCAAUAAUAUCGCUAUACUUCUGCAGUCAGUGAGCAACAUAGAUGUUCGUCAUUGGUGGUCGUUGAAGUUUUCACAUUAAUCAUUUGUUUGAACAUAGUUUUCGUGGUGCCAAAAUACUUCUUAAUAAAUUUAUGAGAUGUGUUGAAUACAGAAUCGGUUACAUAAGGAUUACUUAGAACAAAUUUACAUAAUUCACAAAAUCAGGAAUUUGUAUGAAAUGAUAAUAUAGUGCAUCAUGAUUUCCUGUUUUCAUGUUAAGUAACUAGAUACUAUUUAUUUAUUGUCAGUUAAUAUAAUGCAACGAUACUAGAGCGGUGAAAUUUGUAUUGUGGAAAUGUUAUCAGCAAACCACCAAAUAAUAGCGUGAUUUGUUGUGUUUGGUAAAAGUGAUAUGUGGUUCAAUGUGACAAUGGGCGGAUUCAUCAUCCCAUUCAAUUAAAGUAAAUUGUGGACAAAAUAUUGAAUCCAAGAAUAAAAGGGAUGAAUGUCUAUUGUUCAGUCGAGAAUGAUACAAUGACGCGUCAGAAAAUUCCUUGGAACUAAGAAUCAGUUGAACCGUUAGGAUUAGUUUCUGGUUGAAUUCUUUAAAAUGCCAUUCAAAAAGAUUCAAAGAAGAGUUAGCGGACCGGGAGCCUAUUGUAAUAAUUAUCUACAAAAUAGUCAGGAAAACUCGGAGUUUCUACAACUUUAUCAAAAUCAGCUGCACCAGUCUUCAGUGAACGUCGGAUAUGGAAACAUAGUGUUCGGUAGUAACAAUAGUGCCCAGCCAACUACAGUCAACUGUGGCUCUGCAACAACUACAUUAGUAGAUAAAUCUAGCCAGAGAACAGACCCAGAGUUAAUAAACAACACGUACAACAACUUGGACAAAGCAUCUUCAGUUCCGGAUGAAAAUAAUUUAAAUUUUAACCUCGUUAAAAACAGUGCAAAAUCUUUAUCAGCCAAUAAUUGCAGUGGCGCUCAUAAGAGCGUUGUAACCAUUGGUGGUGCUAAUAGUACUGAAAAUGGAAACAAUGGAUACCAACCCAAAUAUCAUAAAAGUGAUAGAAGUAACAAUUUGAAUACGCCGGCAACGAGUAAUGUAACGGAACAUCAGUAUGUGUUGAGUGAUUUGAAUGACAAUUCGAACAAUAGUGUAAGAAACUCACCGCUCUUCGGUGGAUGUAAAAGUGUUCUUCAACAAGCACAUUCAUUGAAUAACUCAAACAAACCUUCAUUAAACAAAAGUGCAUUGCUUAGCUCGUGUCAGGGAUCAUUCCAUUCGUUACAGGGUGGACUAAAUUCAGAUAACAGCAUACACGUGCAACAAUAUGGUAGUAAUAUAUCAUCACCAAAUUCUUCGUCUAAUGCAGCAGCGGCUGCCAAUUCACAACAACAGUCAACUAGUAUAGCUCAUCUCCAUCAUCAGCAACUUCUUCACCAACGACAAGGCUGUUCUAUAACACCAGCUGAAUCAUUAAAUGGAAGCGGUACUCUAGUCUUCGGUAGAUCGAGAAUAAACAGCAACAGUGAUUCAAUCAAUAAUAAGAAUAAUAAUUUCAACAAAUUAAAUUAUGAUAAGAAGUGCUCGAGUUCUGGUGCUAAUAUAAAUAUACAUAGUAAUAACCGCAACAAAAGCAAUAACAAUAAUAACUCAGUAAACAUUAGUAGUAGCAGCAGUAGCAAUCAUCAAAGUGAAACAAAUCAAUUAAAGAGCAUUAUCGAACUGAAUACACAAGUCAGUGAACUGAAUAGCAAAAAUUUCGAAUUCAACAGACAAUUAAGUGCACCUACAGAAAACAAUAAUAAUCAAAAUAACCCCAAUUGUUAUAGCAACAGUGUGUACAAUCUCUAUUCGAAUCACAUCUUGAGUCAAUAUUAUACUGGUUCUCCAAACACAAAUAGUUUAAACAGAACUAAGAAAAAGAGGAGCUUCAAACUGAAUGGAAGACUAUUCAAUGCUGCUAGUACGGACUCUAUAAGAUUUCAUUCGAAUCUUCUAUCUCAAAAUGAGAACGAUCUGAGAGUAUCUAUCGACAACACUUGCACCGACUCGUUAGUGACGGCACUGGACGAUGAAGCAUUAUUGAUAAAUGAUUACAUAAACGACAUGGCAAAAUCAAAGGUGCAUUUUGAUGAUGUGUCCCUUUAUGGGACACCAAAGGAAGAGCCUCUUCCUAGUAUACCACCGUCGACGGAGAAACCAUCAUCGAAUUUUUUGAAAAACCAGCUACAAGCAUGGUUUCAGCCAACAGACAAUCGACUUGCUAUGAAACUUUUCGGGAGCAAAAAGGCUUUAGUGAAAGAAAGAAUUCGACAGAAAACGUCAGGGCAUUGGGUGAUCCAUCCAUGCAGCUCUUUUAGGUUUUACUGGGAUUUAUGUAUGUUACUACUGCUCGUUGCUAAUUUAAUUAUUUUGCCUGUUGCCAUAUCCUUUUUCAACGAUGACCUCAGCACGAGAUGGAUUGCCUUCAAUUGUUUAAGUGAUACGAUCUUUCUGGUUGAUAUAGUAGUCAACUUUAGAACAGGCAUUAUGCAACAAGAUAACGCCGAACAAGUGAUAUUAGAUCCUAAGCUUAUCGCUAAACAUUAUUUGAAAACAUGGUUUUUUCUUGAUCUGAUUUCAUCGAUUCCGUUAGAUUACAUAUUUCUCAUAUUUAAUCAGAUACAGAAAAAUAAUCAGGACUUUUCUGAUUCAUUUCAAAUACUCCAUGCUGGAAGAGCAUUGCGAAUACUUAGGCUAGCGAAGCUUUUAUCGUUGGUAAGGUUACUUCGGCUUUCCCGUUUGGUGAGAUAUGUAUCUCAAUGGGAAGAAGUAUAUAUCCUACAAAAUCUGCAAAAAAAACAUUCAGAUCGAAGAGGAAGAUCUUUUCGAAAAGAACAGGCGGGCUUUUCGAAGAGCAAUCUUAUUUUUAAGUUUUUAAAUAUGGCGUCCGUGUUCAUGCGGAUAUUCAAUCUAAUCUGUAUGAUGCUACUAAUAGGGCACUGGAGUGGAUGCUUGCAGUUUUUGGUUCCUAUGUUACAAGGAUUUCCUUCGAAUUCAUGGGUAGCGAUAAAUGAGCUACAGGAAGCCUACUGGUUGGAGCAGUAUUCCUGGGCUUUGUUCAAAGCGAUGUCGCAUAUGCUCUGUAUAGGAUACGGCAGAUUUCCGCCACAAUCGCUCACUGAUAUGUGGCUGACCAUGCUGUCUAUGAUAUCUGGGGCAACUUGCUAUGCAUUAUUCUUAGGACAUGCGACUAAUUUAAUCCAAAGUUUGGAUUCAAGUAGACGUCAAUAUCGCGAAAAGGUGAAACAAGUGGAAGAAUACAUGGCAUACAGGAAAUUACCAAGAGAUAUGCGACAAAGAAUAACUGAAUACUUUGAACAUCGAUAUCAAGGGAAAUUUUUCGAUGAAGAAUGUAUUCUAGGAGAAUUAAGCGAAAAACUAAGGGAAGAUGUGAUAAACUACAACUGUAGGUCUUUGGUUGCUUCAGUGCCUUUUUUUGCCAAUGCUGACUCUAAUUUUGUAUCUGAUGUAGUAACUAAAUUAAGAUAUGAAGUAUUUCAACCUGGUGAUAUUGUAAUUAAGGAGGGAACAAUAGGAUCAAAAAUGUACUUUAUCCAGGAAGGAAUUGUUGACAUAGUUAUGGCGAAUGGAGAGGUUGCAACUUCAUUAUCAGAUGGCUCUUAUUUUGGAGAGAUAUGUCUCCUCACUAAUGCGAGGCGUGUGGCUAGCGUCCGGGCAGAAACUUAUUGCAAUUUAUUCUCUCUGAGUGUAGACCAUUUCAAUGCAGUUCUGGACCAAUAUCCCUUGAUGAGGAAAACUAUGGAGACUGUAGCUGCUGAGAGAUUAAACAAAAUUGGUAAAAAUCCUAACAUUAUGAGUCACAAGGAGGAAUCAGAAUCAGCCAAUGCUGAAACAAAUCAAAUCAGCGCUGUGGUUAAUGCUUUAGCGGUUGAGGCGGAAAAUAAUUUAAAUAAUCUUAGUUUGACUAGAGAACAUUUUUUAUCCAAUGGCUGCGAAUUUUAUUUAUGAGACAUGUGUGAAGACAUGACAAACAACGAAACAUAUAUCUUUAUUUUUUUCCCCGAAUUCUUGCUCGUGUUAAUGUCCUUGAUGAGGGAUUGAAUUUUUAUGUUGAUUUGUUGAUAAAAAACUUUUAUUUUAACUGACCAAGAGAUUAUUAUUGAAUCAAAUAUUUGGUUUUUUCUUUUAUUAGAGAUUAUCCUUUUUUACUUCUUCUAUUCUUAACAUUUUCCCAUCGAAGAAAAUCCCCUUCUGAUCAUACUUCAGUCAUUCUAAUAAUCCGAUACCGAAUGACACACCUCGACAGUGUUGCCACAGAUUUAUCUGAAGAGGUACAGAUUUUUUCGUUAUUUUUGGUACAGAUUCUGUACGGUAGAGAGUACAGAUUUUCGUCAAAAAGUACUGAUUAGUGCAGAUUUUUUCCGCAGGCGAAUUUUUUUUACAUUUGAUCAAAUUUACAUUAAGGUACAUGAUUACUUUUACACCGCAGUAUCGCUUGGUGCAACAGCUCAAAACUUUUAAUAAAUGAUAGUAUGCAAUCUAGAUUCAGACAAACUAUGUAUAAGCAUCAUCAAACACACGAAUGACGAAUGAAAUGUAAAUGCGCUAUUUGUAGUAAAUAAAUGAGUAUUUUUUAUGCUAUAAAAUUAAUUUGUUCUCUACAACGAAUAUUUUCGAUGGUACAGAUUUUUAGAAGACAAAGUACAGAUGAGUAAGAUUUUUAACCCUUCUGGUACAGAUUAGAUUGUGGCAACACUGCACCUCGAUUGUAUUCCGAGAGACAAUUUGAAAAAAAAAGUUUGUAUCUCUAAAAAAUGCUUGUGUAAUAUGUUGGAAGAAUCAACUCUGUCGAAAGGCUCACCAGUCUUAACUAUAGUACUAGUAUUUCUUCACGAUUUUUGUAAUUAUCGCUAAAGAUCAAUUUUCAUUUUUAUCAUUCAACUUUAUUAUUCAAUUUUAUUAUUCAACAUAAUUGCCUCCGAGGGUGAUACAGCGAUUAUAGCGAUCUUGCAACUUUUCAAUACCAUUUUAUAGUCCUCUUUCGGUUUUUCCUCAAAAUAGCCCUCAGUUUCGGUAAUCACUCCAUCAUCGGUCUUAAAUUUCUUUGCCAGCGAGCGUUCUCUUCAGGUCUGCGAACAGAUGCGGAAGCAAUUUGAAGCCCAAUUCAUGCAAUUUUACAAUCAAUACACGCAAUUCGGAUUUUUCCAUUUUUUCACAAUAACAAAAGUUGCUUGCUUUUCAAUGCUGUAACUCACGAACCAAUCGAUCGAUUGCUGUCAAAUUUUGACACGUAUCCAUGGAAAGAUGGUGCUUUGUGAUAGUCAAAUAGAUUUUUGCAAGAGGCGUCAUCUAGAUGUCGACCUUAUGAACUUUUCAGUCGAACUGUUAAUCGUAACCCCCUUCUUUCCCCUCCUAAACAAUUUGAAUUAUCGAACGAUUGCGGCAAUAUGCAUUAAAAGUUAUAUUUAUAUUAUAACUGCUUGAUAUGGUGAAAUAUUCUCUACGAAACGUAUGAUAUGAAACGAAAUGUAUUAUAUGGAUAUGAUACAUUUCGUAAUAUCUGCUAUCGAAUCCAUAGCCAAUGGCACCGUUUCAAAAUUUAUAUCGAAUUAUCGUUUUUCGUCAAAGCCACCGUUACGAUACCACUUCAUUGAGCCGGGAAAGAAUUAUUAAUGCUCGAAAAAGGAAUCGAUUCCUCCUCGGAAAUACCUAGCGCAAUACAACUCCAAUCAUCGAUAGAUGGCGGCAUUCGUGUACAUUAUAAGUUAUAAUUAUAUUAUAACUGCUUGAUAUGGUGAGAUAUUCUCUACUCCAUAUGAUACAUUUCGUAUUUUCUGCUAUAUAAUCCAUAGCCAAUGAUACCAUUUAUAAAUCUAUAUCGAAUUAUCAUCGGUACUUCGAUUUUCGUCAAAGCCAUCUUUCAGUCCGGUGGCAGAAAAGAAAUGGGAUUGGGAGGAAAGAGCAUAGUGUUAAGGCGAAAGCGAAACCUUUUCUCUGUCACUUUGCAAUCACUACUAAAUGGAUUUCCGAGCGGGCACCGGCUUAUAUAAAGAUGAGUGUGAUUUCAAUAGCAUGUUUUCAAAUUUUUCAAGCUAAUGAAACAAGUUUCCGGGUCAAUAUUUAACAAGCAUAUAACUCUUGAACAUUUUGUCUUUCGAAUGAAGUUAUUAUCAUACCACUCUGUUCAGCCGGCAAAAAAGUAUUAACGUUCGAAACCUUGCACUCCAAGUGUAACACCCUCGUUUUCUAAACUACACACCGUUACAGAAAUGAAAGACGUAGUCCUACGUCAAAAAUCGUGUGCGAAAAUUUUGUCUGAAGAUAAUUUUAUAUUAGUAGGAACAAUGUAAGCAAUGUUGCCAUACGUACAUAUUUAUCUGGAAUGGCGCAGAUUUUUUCGUUAUUUUUGGUACAGAUUCUGUACGGUACAGAGUACAGAUUUUCAUCAAAAAGUACAGAUUGGUACGGUUUUUCCACUUGUGAAAUUUCUUACAUUUGAACAAAGUAACAUUGAGGUACAUGACGAAUUUUACGCCGUAGUAUCGCUUAGUGCUGCUGAUCAUAAAAACAUAUAAAAUGCAAUGAUUGAUCAGUUUUACAAGGACGGAAUUCCUUACAACGAUCGUCACGGUGAACGGUGCGACUUAUGUUUUGCUCCAGAUCAACAGAUUGAACCGUUUGUUCCAGUUCCAGUGUUGCAGUUUUUUCGUGGAGCUGGUUAAGCAAAUGAAAAAAAGAUUCGAUGUUGAUAAUUCGACGCUCAAGGCCGCACCAAUGUUAAAUCUCAUAAACUUAUCCAAUUUGACUAGCAUUAGCUUUUCGUUAGAAGCGUUUCCAGGAUUCUACAAUGGGAAUGUAUAAGAUGUAGAGAAUUAAUUCCGUACUCUAAAGAUAAAAUUACUCCGUAAGGAAAUCACUUUUUCAGAAAACGAGCAUGUGCAGGGUUGGUGGACAAAAAUUGGAUGGCUAAAAAGAAUUGACGGUUUGCUCGCACUCCGGCGCUUCGAUGUAUUGUUUGUAAUGUUUUCACGAUGCUCCACUGGAUUUUUUUCUGAAUAUAAUCAAAACAGAAAUAAGCUUCGAAAUCGACUCAGCAUCGAUACGAUUUUGAGAUAAAAAGAUUUGAUCAAAUAUCGUAGCGGCAGCUCGAAAAUUCUAAUAAAUGAUAGUAUGCAAUCUAGAUUCAGAAAAACUAUGUAUAAGCAUCAUCAAACACACGAAUGACUUGCAAUGUAGUAUUCAUAAUAAAUAAAUGAGUAUUUUCAAUGCUAAUAAAUUAGUUUUUUCUCUACAACGAAUAUUUUCGAUGGUACAGAUUUUUGGAAAAAAAAAACUACAGAUGAGAAAGAUUUUUAACCCCUCUGGUACAGAUUAGAAUUCGGCAACACUGCCGGUAAGUUUCUUUUUUUUCAAAAAUUAAUGAUUUAUCCUGCAAAAAUGGUUACAAAUUUAAUAUUCAAAGUAUUGCCCAUCGCUAGUCAAAACUUUUUCCCAUUUUUCUGGUGGUUCACGGAUCCCUUUGCGAAAAUAAUCGGCUGGUUUGUCGGCUUACCACGAAUCGAUCCAAUUUUUGACUUCAUCAAAAGAAGAAGUGCUGGUCAACCAGGCGAUGUGGCAUCGAUGGGAAAAGGUGGUAAUCGGACGGAGCAAUGUCUGGAGAACACGGCGGGUGGGAUAGAACCUCCCAUUUCAGUGUUUCCAAGUAUGUUUUGACCGGUUUGGCGACAUGCGGCCGAACAUUGUCGUGCUGAAAAAUAACUUUAUCGUGUCUUUGGCCCUAUUGUGACCGGAGGGAAACUUCAGUGCACCGCUCAAACGCAUCCAUACGUUGCCCGACGUUUAGGAUUGUCGUAAUGGACCCAUUUUUAAUGCCAGUUACGAUUCGAUGCAAAAAACCCUUUCUUUUAUGUCGUUGGAGCUGUUGUUCGCACGUGAAAAAACGGCGUCCGACGUCCCGUGGCUUCAAUUCAUACGGCACCCAAUGUCCUAUCUUCCGGAUCAUUCCCCUUGCUUUUAAACGAUGGGAUAUGGUUUGCUGAGCUACUCCAAGUGUUCUUCGUCUUCCAAGUCAAAAUUACCACUAUUCAACCGUACAAACCACGUCUGACACGUUCGCUCAGUCAUGACACCAUGACUGGUCACCAUAAAUUUCCACCAAAAUGCGAUGGCUUUCCGCAGCUUUUUUCUUCAUAUUAAAGUAAUGAAGUAACACUACCCGCAAAAACACUGUCGUUGGUACAAAAUUCAACAUAUUCGAAAUGACAAAAACUAUGUUGUGUACGCUUCAACUUUUUGACAUAUACUGAAAAAGAACGAAUGUCUGGAAAUUUUAUUCACUAGAAUAAUAAUGAAGUUACGUUCCGUUAGGCUAUCUGUUUAUUUUGGAUAUGUUUGAAGAAUUUCAUCGUUAAACUCUUUGAUAAUGAUUUGGUGGUCCUUUGAAGGGAUAUUUUGUUUGGUAGUUGGGUAGUGUUUGUUCACUCCACCAGUACUUACCGAGUGAUGAUGACAGAAGUAUGGUAAACAGUCGUUGGGUGGUGCGUAUCAGAUAAAAGAUACCGAAGUGGAACGAGAUAUGAUGAAAACCGCCCUCUGUGAUCCUAGACGAGAUGCCUCCUGUGUUAUGUAUGGAUGAAAUAAAGAAAAAACCUACCAAUGUAAUAUAAGAUAAUUACCAAUACCGAACACAAUUAUCAAUUUUUAUCAUCAGUAAAACAUGUUACUUUAAUAUAGAGAAAACAUAUUUGAAAUGGAAAAGGUGAUUAUGUUUUAUAAUUUUUACUUUCUGAGCGUUUAUUCAACCCAAUGCGAAUUUUAAUUGGACUAACACCUAAUACUAUAUGUAGAGCAUAUGGGAAAUCACUUUCUUGAAUAAUUCUUCACUUUUCCAAUUUUUCUUCGCCGCAUGAACUUUCCUUGGGUGAAAAUGAACACAAUAAAACAGACAGCUUGAACCAAACGACCCGUUCUAAAGCGGGAACACACUUUGGUUUUUAUUCACAACUGCUAACAUACACAAUUUUACACUCACACUUGUGCUAAUUUUUUCACAAUACACGAUCGGUCAUUGAUAUGAAAUAUCACGAACAUUGAAGUUCCAAAUUUAAGUUUUAUUUGCUAGAAUUAAUCGAAUCACUUAUCCUACUUGCGAUAUAAAAGUGCCCCCGACUUUCAUGUAUUUGCAAUGCCGAUUUCCCCGGGCAGCUUGGUUUCAAUGUCUCUGUUGGGGAAUACAGUUCGGUAGGAACAAAAGCUCCCCCUACUUUCAUGUAUUUGCAAUGUCUAUUUUCCCCAGGCAACAUGGUUUUGAUGUCUCUGUUAGGGAACACAUUUCGGUAGGAACAAUAGCUCCCCCUGCCUUCAUGUAUUUGCAAUGCCGAUUUUCCCCAGGCAGCUUGGUUUUGAUGUCUCUGUUAGGGAACACAUUUCGAUAGGAACAAAAGCUACCCCUACCUUCAAGUAUCUGCAAUGUCGAUUUCCCCCAGGCAGCUUGGUUUAGAUGUCUUUGUUAGGGAACCGCCGGUCCGGAGUUAGAGAACUGCAGCUAUGGACCGGGUUAAUUAGCGAAAAAAUGUUGGGAAUAAGAUUCAAUCCCUUAUUGGGAUGUAGCAUCAUUAUAAAUAAUCAUUUACAUUUUGCUGCAGUGAUUUCUUGUUAGACCGAGGCCAAGCAUAGUAUCGUAAUGCUUGAAUGAAGGCGGUAACUUCCGGCAGGCCCUUCGUACUGCAUAUCUUGUUUACCACAAGCCCCGAAGAAAAGGACAGCGGCUUGGACAUUCCCUUCUCGCUGAUUUCCUUGGUGGGGAACGUAAAGUAUAUCUGAAGUGUUUAUCACCAGCACUUUCAGUCGCUCCUUCAGGAAGCUUGCCAAAAUUAACGGGAUCUUUGUAAGCAGCUGUUAUGCACCGCUGAGGUGAACGAUAGGAUAGUUUGAUCUUAUGCUCGAUAAGUUAACCGAAGAGCUCAUUGGUCAGAAGCCCUUCGUCAUCGACGGAGACUUCAACGCCUGGGCAGUAGAGUGGAGGAAUAGACUUACUAGUGCGAGAGGAUUCAAUCUAAUGGAUGUUCUUGCAAAACUAGAAGUGAAACUUGCCAAUGAAGGGACCACCAACACAUUCCGCAGAAACGGCCGAGAAUCUAUUAUCGAUGUCACCUUCUGUAGCCCGACGCUUGCAGUGAACAUGAACUGGAGGGUGUGCGAAGACUACACCCACAGUGAUCAUCAAGCUAUUCGAUACACUCUUGGCAACAAAACAUCAUCGAGGGCCGAGCCCAAUCGAACGGAGAUAAGACAUUCGUCAAAGAAUCGAAAAAAUCGAAAACGUACGCCAAUCAGUUUAUUGGUGGAGCGAAGAGAUAAGCUUUCUACGCGCCUGCUGUCUUCGAGCUAGGCGGAGUAUGCAGAGGGCUAGGACUGCCAUUGUUAGGGAAGAACGCAAGGCUGAGCAAAAGACGAUGCUUGAGAGAGCUUUGUCGCAACAUUGAUGCGAAUCCAAGGGGAGGCGCGUAUAGAGUGGUGAUGGCAAAAACGAGAGGCCCAUGGACCCCCACGAGCAGUGCCCGGAAAGGCUGUAAUACAUUAUAGAGGGGCUCUUCCCGCGACAUGAACCGACGAUCUGGGCAAGUGCCCCAUAUGGUCAAAAGAGAAAGAGAAAGAGAGAGAAAGAGAGAGAGAGAGAGAGAGAGAAAGAGAGAAGUGUCGGGUAUAAGGUCUCUCUUGGGACGAGCUAUGAAGGAGCACGAUGGACUCGUCGAAAGGACGAAAACUGCAGAGAAAACACUCGCAGAAGCGUUGCAAAGAACUGCAGCUGGAUAGGUGACGCCAAAGAUUCCUCGAAACCGUUCGGAAAAUAGAAAAAAAAGAUUCACCAGCAGAAGAAGAAAUGCUCAAAUAACGCAAGGACGACCACGACAACGACGAGCAAGGCGAUAGGGCCGCCCAGGGCGACAGCGAAGAGCUGGGUGACAGCGACGACCAGAGCGGCACCGAUAGCAAAAUAAACGACUGGAGCACGAUCACGAGAAGAAACAAGAAAAAAUUAGUGAACGAGCAAAAAGAGAGUAAGAGAAAAGAGAAAACGGUAAAAAAAACGAAGAAAGAGGAUGAAAAGAGACAAGGGCCAAAAGACAAGAAGCCUAAUCCUCGGCGGGCGAGAGGCAAAGGCGAUGCACCAAUCGUCGAAGCCAAGGGCGACGUAUCAUAUGCUGACCUCUUCAAAAAAAUGCGAGAGGACCCUGGCCUCAAGAAACUGAUGGAGAGCGUGGUGAAGUCUAGGCGCACCCAGAAUGGCGAAAUGCUGUUCGAGCUGAAGAGAGACCCAGAAAUCAGGAGCUCUGCAUUUAAGGAUCUUGUCGAAAGGGCUCUCAGUGACGGAGCGAACGUAAGGGCCUUAUCCUCCGAGUCAUCGAUUGAAUGCAGGAACCUCAGUCUGUUCACUACCGAGAUGGACCUGCGUCAGAAGUUGGAGGAGGAAAACGUCGUGGGCAAAGUUCCGAUGAAAAUCCGAUUAAGAAAUGCGUAUCGCGGGACGCAGACCGCAACGAUUCGUCUCCCAACGGACGCAGCGAACAAGUUGCUGAAGCUAGAGAUCAUAAACGUCUGCUGGGCUGUGGGUCGUUUUAGAAUCGUUCCGCCUGUUCCAAAGCAAUUGGAGCGAUGUUUCAAGUGCUUAAACUUCGGCCACCUGGCGAAAGGCUGCUCGGGGCCAGAUAGAUCCAAACUGUGCAGGAAAUGCGGAAUAUAGGGACACUUUGCCAGCGACUGCAAGGGAAAGCCAAGGUGUAUGCUCUGCGAAAAAGAGGACAGUAAUGACCUUACGACGGGAGGCUUUAAUUGUCCUGUGUACAAACAGGCGAGGGCAAGCCAACAGUGAUGGAGAUAACCCAAAUAAAUAUCAACCAUUGCGACACCGCACAGCAACUGUUGUGGCAGUCAACGACAGAAACAAAAUGUGAUAUCGCAAUUAUCGCGGAGCCGUAUCGCAUUCCCCCCGGUAACGGUAAUUGGGUGACGGAUAAAGUGGGAAUGGCCGCCAUCCAGGUCAUGGUCAUCUCGCGAGGGUUUCGUGAUCACAAAGAUCAACGGAAUUUUUAUCUGCAGUUGCUACGCACCUCCCAGAUGGACGAUGGACCAGUUCCACUAUAUGCUGAAUGUCCUCACCGAGGAGCUCGCCGAACGAAAACCAGUCGUUAUAGGAGGGGAUUUCAAUGCUUGGGCAGUAGAUUGGGGAAGCAGAUGCACCAACGCGAGAGGGACUUGCUUACUAGAAGCUCUGGCCAAGCUGGAUGUUACCCUGUGCAACGAGUGUACCACUAGUACCUUCCGCCGAGAUGGCCGAGAGUCCAUCAUCGACUUGACUUUCUGCAGCCCGUCGUUAGUGACAAAAAUGAGAUGGAGGGUAUGCGAAGGAUACACCCACAGUGAUCAUCAAGCCAUCCGUUAUACCAUUGGCCAACGAAACUCCGUGGCAGUACGGAUAACUAGGACAUGCUCGCGCAGGUGGAACACAAAAACCUUUGACAAGGAUCUUUUCAUCGAAGCACUACGCGUGGAGAGCGGCGUCUUGAACAUGAACGCGGAUGAACUGACGGAAACGUUAGCCAAAGCAUGCGAUAUAACAAUGCCAAGAAAAAAUGAACCUAAGUAUAAGCGACCUCCAGCCUACUGGUGGAGUGAGACACUUGGCGUGCUUCGGGCCAACUGCUUUAGCGCCAGAAGACGCUUCCAACGCUCAAGCAUAGACACCAGAGAAGAGCGGAGAGUGGAAUUCAGAGAGGCUAGAUCCACUCUUAAACGGGCGAUUAAGCGAAGCAAAUCUAAUUGCUUCAAGGAGUUAUGUCGGGACGUGGACGUCAAUCCAUGGGGCAAUGCCUACCGAGUGGUGAUGGCGAAGCUCAGGGGCCCAACGACACGCUCCGAAAUGUGUCCCGAAAAAAGACGGGUGGGUAAUGUCGGGGACAUAACCGGAGUGACGUAGGACUAUACAAAGGGGACAGCUUUUGUUAAAUAUAUAUUUUAAAUAUAUUGUUUUAUUUUCUUCUUCUACGUGAAUACCUACCCAUCUACCUGAAAAAUGGAUUAGUUUACUGUUUACUCUUUAUGAAUAUGUUGAUGGUUCUGAAAAGAACCUUUGGUGUUGUGUUUUUGUUAUCACUCGAUAUUCCCAUCUUGUUCGGUUAAACCUUCCUGUUUAGCUAUUGCGUUUGUCACUCGCCACAGCUUUCACAGUUGGAAAAUUUCUUCCCAUCCAGCUUGUGACAUGUUUUUCAGUAAAUUACAUUUAAUGCGACGUGCCGGAGAAACACUUUGCCACUCACUGAAACUAAUUGUUACCUUGAUGAGCGCCGAACGGAAGCUGCUCUGUUCUUGAUGCGGGUUUUCUGAUUGUCGUGAGCAGCUUUGCAAGCCAACUCGAGCACUCCGACGGCCGAAACUCGAACGAAUGAGCGUUAAAAGGAAGCGAUGGCAAAAAAAUACAUCCAUUACGAUUUGUUUGCUCGUUGGAUUUACAUGAAGGCUAAAAAGGGUCCUUUUCAGGAUCACAAAAUUAUCUUCAAUCUAAAGAGUUUAUUGUUUUGUUAUCACUCGAUAUUCCCAUCUUGUUCGGCUAAACCUUCCUGUUUAGCGAUUUGUUGCCACUCGCCACAGCUUUCAAAUUUCUUCCCAUCCAGCUUUGUGACAUGUUGUACAGUAAAUUACAUUCAAUGCGACGUGCCGAAGCGCCACUCAGUGUUGCAUUGGAGGCGAUUUUAACCUGUAAUUGAACAUUUGCGAUGACAGCGGUACAGUGUCGACUUUCAAUGUGGGGUCAUAAUUUGGAUCUCUAUGUUCACAAAAAUGUCCAACUAAAUAAGUAGCAUUACAUGUCCGUCCAAUUAGCUAAAUGUCGAACUAAUUGUAAAUUACUGUACUUUCAAUCUGGAAACAAUUUAAGAAUUGGUGAAAAUUGAAUAAUCAGGAAAGUCCCCAACUAUCAAUUAGCCAAAUUCACAUACUCAUCAGAUCCUGGCAAACAAAUUAUGAAAAAAUCAAUUUGUGUUUUAUUAUUAUUUUGGAUAAUGUUUUAGAAAGCAUUGAACUGUAAUUCCUAAACUCUUUUUUGGAAGGUUUAAUGGCCCUGAAAAGCGCCUUGUUUUAUGGAAUGGUUCCAAUUUAGAAAACUUAGUACUCGUGGUUUUGAAAAAAAACCAUUUCGAACGCCCUCAAUACCGCCUUAUUCUGGAUUUGCCACCAAAGCAGAUUGUGUAAAGAACAAACUUUUUUCUUCUGCUACCUGCUGCCGUUUUGCGAUUGCGUUUGCCACUUGCCACUCGCUGCAACUGCCUGUUGUCUUGAUGUCCACCGAACCGAAUGUGUUCUGUUCCGAAUGCGGGUUUUAUUAUCGUCGCGAGCAGCUUUGCCAGCUAACUCGAUAACAUCGGCGGCCGAAACUAUAUGUCGCCUGCUAGGCGAACCGAUGUGGUGUACAGUUUGAAUGAGAAUGAUCGUUACGGAAAGAAGGAAGGUAUUGUAUUAUAGAGACUUUAAACUUUUGCAGUUCAUUCGUCUCUAGCCUUGAGAAAGGCCCUUUGAAAACUCUACUCUACUCUACUUCAGCGCUACCACCUCCGCCCUCUUGCCUUGAGAAAGGCACUCGAUCCCUCGCCGUCCAGCUCGUCCAGCAACGAUGUUGUCCAGUCGGUGUCCACACAAAGAAUGAUCGUUACGGCAGCGGAGCGGGGAUUUUUAAGCUGACUGGCUGGCUCGAGAAUUACGCAUGUGUGAGACUGCGACCAAUGUUUCGUUCAUUUUUUUCUUUUUCCUUUCCAAUCGUGCUUCAUUCUAUUUCGCUGCUGCUCUGGUUGCCCGUUUUGGUCGGUACGAUUUGAGGAGCACAAAAUGGACCAAUCAAAAAUGGGCACAUAGUGCAUUUUGACAAUGCUUGAUAUUUCACAAUUAUUCAAUUAUUUAUCUCAAGAAAAAUGAAAUGUUAUUCGUUAUGAUAGAUUCGUAGAUAUAUUUCCUAUCAAUUGAUGCAAAAACCUUUGCGAUCUAUUGAGAAAUGCUCGAGUUAUAAGCGUUCCAAAUCUUGCAUUUUUUCCUACUUGUUCAGUGCCUAGAUUUCCAUUUCACCCCCUAUAUCUUCCGGUUAGACGUAGUCCUACGUCAAAAUUAAAAAUUAUCGUGGAAGGGUUAUUUCCGCAGCACGACCCAACGACCUGGCCACCCACGCUAUAUGGAGAGGAUGAGGAUAACAUCGAACGCAGAGAGGUAUCGAACGACAAGCUAGUUGCGGCUAUGAAACGCCUCAAAACGAAGAAAGCGCCUGGCCCAGAUGGAAUCCCCAAUAUACCUUUAAAAGCGGCAGUCCUAGCUUUCCCUGAUAUGUUUAGGACAGCAAUGCAGAAGUGUCUAGACGAAUGCUACUUUCCGGAUCGAUGGAAUGUAAAAAAGCUAGUACUACUGCCCAAACCAGGAAAGACGCCGGGUGAUCCAGCAUCGUAUAGACCCAUAUGCCUGUUGGACACUCUGGGGAAGUUUGGAGAGAAUCAUCCUCAAUAGGCUGACGGAAUGCACGGAGGGAGUUCGUGGACUGUCCGAUAGUCAAUGCGGUUUUCGGAAAGGGAGAUCCACGGUAGAUGCCAUUCGCAUAGUGGUCGAAAGAGCAAACAGAGCAUCCAAACAGAAGCUCAGAGGAAAUCGAUACUGCGCAGUGAUAACGAUCGACGUUAAGAACGCGUUCAAUAGUGCCAGCUGGGAGGCCAUCGCGACUGCGCUCCACACGAUGAGAGUCCCAGACUUCCUGUGUAGAAUACUGAGAAGCUACUUCGAGAACAGUGUGCUGGUGUACGAGACAAACACGGGCCAGGCGCAAUUAAAACUACGGCUGGAGUUUCACAGGGCUCUAUCCUGGGUCCAUCGCUCUGAAACAGUAUGUACAAUGGCGUACUAAAACUGAAUCUGCCCAGAGGUGUGAAUAUCAUUGGCUUCGCGGAUGACAUCGUUAUUCUCGUGACCGGAGAAUCCUUGGAACGGGUCGAAAUGCUCGCGACCGAGUCGAUAAACAUGAUCGGAAGGUGGAUGCAAAGUGUGAAACUGCAGAUAGCCCACCACAAGACGGAAAUGUUGAUUGUCAGCAACCGCAGGGCGGUGCAACGUGCAGAAAUCACCAUAGGAGAGCACUUGAUAACUUCAAAGCGAGACUUGAAAUACCUGGGGGUGCAGAUCGAUGAUCGACUGAACUUCAACAGUCACGUCGAAUACGCUUGUAAAAAAGCAACGUAGACAAUCAAUGCACUGACAAGAAUCAUGCCCAACAAUUCUGGCCCAAGCAGCAGCAAGAGGCACCUUUUGGCUAGUGUCACCUCAUCGACAUUACGAUACGGGGGUCCAGGCGUUAGAAACUCAGCGGAACACGAGGAGGCUAAAUAGUACGUACCGGCUCAUGGCGAUGCGAGUCGCGAGUGCGUACAGAACCAUAUCAACAGAAGCGGUCUGCGUCAUAGCCAGGAAGACAGCGAGUGCUAUAUGAGGAGAGGAGCCAGAGGAAUCCGGAAGCUAAUGAGGGCAGAGUCGAUGACUAGGUGGCAGCAAGAGUGGAGUGCGGCUCAAAACAGGAGGAGGGACACACAGGCUCAUACCGACACUAAUGGGCUGGGUAAACAGGAAACAUGGAGAGGUGAAUUUCCACCUAACGCAGUUUUUAUCUGGUCAUGGCUGCUUCAGGCAGUAUCUGCACCGGUUUGGACAUGCAUCGUCUCUCGCCUCUUUGUCCGGAGUGUGGAGAGGUGGAGGAAACACCGGAACACGUCGUAUUUGUAUGUCCCAGAUUCACCGCAAGGCGCGAGGGGCUGCCUACCCUUCAUGCUGGGAACAUCAUAGAGGAAAUGUGUCGUGACGAGGGCACCUGGAACGCAGUGAACAGUGAAAUCGUCCACAUCAUGUCUAAGCUACAGCGGGGGUGGAGGACCGACCAGCGUGCGGAUAACGCCUGACUAUAAAAGAUCUGAAGCACCGGAGUACCCCACGAGAGCGACUGUGAUGGAGUGCGCGUUAUGUUGGAGAGCACUACCUAAUCGGUUCACGUCUCGACAGGUGAGAAAUUCCACGAGGGUGGCUGUGACGGGUUGCACGUCAAGUUGGAGGGAAAUUCCUAAUCGGUACACGUAUCGACGGGUAAGCGGAAUCUGGUGAGAAGGAUUGACAAAUUGCUGGCAAUGCCUCAUGGUGGAUUGGAAAGAAGAAUACUGCGAGGACUUCGACGAAGCGAGCGCCUAGGAAGGCGUCAUCAAAUCGGUUUGUACCUCACGAGAGUUGCUGUGACGGAGUGCGCGUUAUGUUGGAGGGCACUACCUAAUCGGCGCUCCGUUGGGAAUCGAAAUCCUGCGAGGGUGGUUGUGACGGGGCGCGCGUCAAGUGGGAGGGCGCUUCCUAUUCGGUGCACGUCUCGACAGGUAAACGGAUACUGUCGCGGAGAACAGAAAAAUGCCUGCCUGGCAACGCCUUAUCGUGGCCUGGAUGGAGGAACACUGCGAACAUUUCGAAGGAGCGAGCAUCAUGGAGGAAGCCAUCGUCAAACUGGUGCAUACCCCACGAGAGUAGCUGUAACGGAAUGCGCGUCAUGUUGAAGGGCACUACCUAAUCGGCGCUCCGUUGGGAAGAGAAAUCCUGCGAGAGUACUGUGACGGGGCGCGCGUUAAGUUGGAGAGCGCUUCCUAAUCGGUGCACGUCUCGACGGGAUGGGUAUGAGGCUACGAGUAGAAGGCUUGGUUUUUGUGGGUGUGAUCCCCACUCGACGUCUGGGUUAUCUCUUUCCAGAUAAGGCUGGAAGAGCGUUCCUCACCUCUAUAUAAAAAAAGGAGAGAGAGAGAGAGAGAGAAAGAGAGAGGAAGUCGAGAGAGUGACCAUUGAAGAAUUGUUAGCUGUAGCAAGGAAACUGAAGGGAAAUAAAACACCCGGCCCUUAUGGUAU